AUGGCCAGAAGAGCUGCAGAUGCGGUUUUUGGACUGGAAGUGAAGGGACCGCAGAUGCGUUCGUUUUUCCGCAGAUGCGGGACCACACCUGCGGUGGAGAACAGCAGAAGCGGAAAAAGGCUUUGGAGCUUUGUUCAUCGGUUCGAGUCUUCGGAAGAACGUGGAAUGCCAGUUAUGGAUCUUCGGAGCGAGGGAGAUCGAAUUCAUGCAACUAUUGGAAGAGCUGUUUUGCGUAUUUUCAAAAUAAAAAUACAUGAAAUGAAGUUGUAUGUUAUGAAAAACUUUAUGGUUGGACCAAACAAUCUGAAAAUUAAGACCAACAAGCAUAAAUUGAAACUGGCAUUUUCUCAUAGGGCAAGUGCGGAUGAAAUUAGUGAUCCACGGUUUAGUUUGAAUAUCUUCAACUUUAAGCCUUAUGAGCAUCCCACAAAUCAACUUGAGGUUGAUGAGAAUGAACUAUUCGAUGUCAUAGGAGAAGUUAUUGGUCAUGGUACCGUAGAAUUAUACAAUCAAGGUGGUAAAACAAGUACCUUUAUGAACUUGGAGCUUGAGGAUCAUGAGAGGAACAAUAUUUCAGCAGCAUUGUGGGGAGAAUUUGUAGAUGAAAUCUUGCCCCACUUGGAUGGAUCACCCAAUCAACCUGUCAUAGUGGUUAUACAGCUCAUAAAAGCUCACAUCAAACAAAUUGUAUAG